AUGGCAGAGAAUAACAACAAUGAGAUUCCACCACCGUGGGAAGGAAAUCUUUUCCAUGGUCGAGAUGAUGAAGAUCCGGUGAGCCAUCUUAAUGCCUUUUAUGAAUUGACCAACUCUCAUAGACCUCCAAAUGUGGAGCAUCAUCGGAUUAAGAGGACCUUAUUUCCGUUCUCAUUGAGAGAGAAAGCAAGAGAGUGGUAUGACUCAUUACCGGGCUACAACAUAACAACAUUUCAAGAGUUGAAGUCGAUGUCCCUUUUGGAAUAUAACUCUUCAAUGAAGAUCGAGAAGUUGAGAGAGGAGAUCACAUCAUUCCGACAGAAAUAUGAUGAGUCUUUUGCGGAAGCAUGGAAAAGAUUCACAGAAAUGCUAAGAAAAUGCCCAAGUCAUGGUUUAGCUCCGGGGCAUGAUCUCUUGAAAUUCUACAAAGGGCUCAAUAAUGAAUGCACGGGAUUAGUCAUUGCAGGUUCAAAUGGAAAUUUAGAUGAUCUAACUCAUGAUGAAGUGAGAGCCUUAUUUCAAAGAUUGGCAAAUAAUCAGAGAAAUUGGCAUAAUCCAAGAAGAGCGGCUGAGAAGGCAGGAGAUACAUUUGGUGCUACCAAGGAUGCAGAGAGAGUGACAGCAAUAGAAGCUCAAUUGGCGGAUAUAAGCACUCAAAUGUCUUCAAUGAAAAAAGCAGUUAAAUCUCUUCAACUGACUCCUCAACCUCAAGCAGUGGCUGUGUUGAAGUGUGGAUUGUGCCAAGGCGGACAUCAUACAGAUCAAUGUCCAAGUCUUCAAGGACCACCAGUGGAGGACGUGAAUUACAUUGGUAACAACCGUCAAGGGUUCGACCAAGGCAAUCAAUACAACAAUCAACAAAAUUGGAGGCCUCAACAAACAAACUGGAAUCAAGCUGGUCCAAGCAACACUUCGGGUACUCAAUGGAGGAAAAACACUCAACCUCCAGGUUUUGAGAAGAAGUUAUGA